CUGAUAGUAUUACGAUUUAUUCUUUGCCAAAGUCAGUGUUCAAGUUUUCAGUGUAGAAGGCAAAUUAGUCGUUUGGUAGCUUCGGAUGACGGUUAUCGCGACUCCGAUGCCGAAACAUCGUUCAACUUGCGUCGCGAAAGUGACGGACGUCUUUCACGUAAGGAAACGCGUGGAUUGAAAUAUAGAAGAGAUCCAGAUGAGAUUGUUGAGAGGCUCAGUAAGUAUCCAUGCAGCGUCAAAAAAGCAAACAGUAGCGGUGAGAAAAUUAUGACGUUUGCUUUUGAAGCUCAUAGGUGGAGACUUGGUGGUGUUGAAACGGAUUUAUGUGAAAUUCGAAAUCAUACUUUGCAUAUUGAUGCAUAUAGCGCAAACCCGUCUGCCCGGAAAUUGCCGUUAUCAAUCGACUAUGAUGUGUCACCAACUGGUUAA